AAGGCAGACUCAGGCUGAGGCCAACGCAGAACAUGCUUGUGCAACGGCACGGGGAGGGAGGCUGUGUGGCUCCUGCAGCUUCAAGACAAGAAAACAGACAAGAUGUCGGAUUCAAUGAGGAAUUUAUGAAAAGUCAACCAAACUGAGAAACACCUCAAUGGAUUUCUCUUCUCACAGCCUCCUCUCGACCGAUGGAAGCUCCCAGUCCAGCUGGGAUGCUGGCCGUUCAGCGCUUCAACUCCUCGGGCGCCGCCGCUCCCUCUAGCUAUACGGCCAUGCUCCACAAACCUGACAUGAAGGGCUUAGUGGCGCACAACGCCACGGCUCCGCGCAGCCCGACUUCAGCCAGCCUCAACAUGACCCUGGGCAUCCUGUUCAACAUGGUGGCCCUCAUCAUCCUGGUCAAGGCCUACAACCGCUUUCGCCGCAGGUCAAAGGCCACCUUCCUGCUCUUUGCCAGCUCGCUUGUGGCCACGGAUCUGGCUGGACAUAUUAUCUCUGGCUCUCUGGUCCUGAGUAGAUACUCGGCGAGCACCAGCUCCUCCAACAACGUGACUUCCUGCUUCCAGGGGGAUCCUGACAAUCCAGAUGCCUCCUGUCAGUUUCUGGGAGGCUGCAUGGUGUUUUUUGGCCUGUGCCCACUUUUUCUGGGCUGCGCCAUGGCUGCGGAGCGCUGCCUGGGCAUCACCAUGCCUUUGCUGCACGCUCGCCUGGUGACCACAGCGAGGACGAAAAUGGCUCUUGCCCUCAUCUGGUUCCUGGCCUUGUUUGUAGCCCUGCUGCCCUUCUUCCACCUCGGUGACUACACUUACCAAUACCCAUGGACGUGGUGCUUCAUCAGGGUGAUGCACGGCACCAAAGCCACGGAUCUGGCCUUCAUGAUACUGUUCUCCGCUCUGGCUCUGAGCUCUCUGGCUGUGGCCUUUGUGUGCAACACCGUCAGCGGGAUCACGCUGGUGAAAGCCCGGCUCAGGACCAGGUGCCCCUCCCAGCGCUUCUCCGCCAGGUCUCACGAUACAGAGAUGGUGGUGCAGCUUGUGGGCAUCAUGGUCACAUCCUGCAUCUGCUGGAGCCCUCUACUGGUCUUUGGGCUGAUCUCAGCCACCCUCUCCUACACUGGCGCUCUGGACAAUGACAAAACCAACAACUACAGCAAGCUGAUGGUGACCGGUGUCAGAAUGGCCACCUGGAACCAGAUCCUGGACCCCUGGGUCUACAUCCUGCUGCGGCGGGCCGUCCUCAGAAGAAUCUACCGCAUUACUAAAAAGCAGGCCAGUUUCAAGGGUAAAACCUUCCGCUCCAGUCGCUGGGAGAUCAACUCCCUCUCGAACUCUACAAAAAACAGCGUCAAGAAGAUUUAAAUGGAGAAAAAUAAGAGGACCUUUUGUUAUUUUAUUGUAUUCUCUGUUCAUAUGAAGAUGGUUCCUUCAUACAGUGAAACAAGUUUGUUGUUUUUUUCCAAAUAAGACUGACCGUCGCAGUGUUUCACAUCUGAAACGUUUGCUAGCUUAUGAUGAUGUUUUAGUUGGUUAAUUGUAACAGCAAAAAUCAGAGUCACCCACAUUACAAUUAAAGAACUAAUUUCAGUGCAAUAGCAAUGUGAGAAAACACAUUUAGUGGUGCCUAAACCCUUAAUUCUAAUUUUGCACACAUUUAUAAGCUGAAACAACAAGCCUGUCAUGCAUGACAAACUUUAAGCCUUCAUUAAAUUAAGGAUGAAUGAUUCAAGUUACAGUCAGAUAGGAUAAACAUGCUAAAUCUUCUAAAAAAAAUGUAAACAUAAAGUCACUGGUUAUAAGGAAGUUGGAACAUAAAUGAAUAUUAAUAUAAAGAUCUGCAGAUGUUUACAAUCGAAUAAGAUUUUAGGCAAAACUAUUAAAAAAUAUCCCGAAAUACAAUAAAAAAGAAAAUUUUAUUCAAUUUUAACCAAUAAAACUCAUCACAAAACUUAAUCCUGCCUCUCAAAUGUGGAAGUGAUAUCAUGGUAUGGGCUUGUUUUGACCCCUGACUGUAUAUGAGAACUGGACUCAGUGACCUCUCCUGCACUGGUUUCCAGAAGCUAAAAUUCAAUUUAAAAAAAUAGUUUGAUUGACAGAUUCUCCCGAGCCUGCUUUCUGGUGGCAGGGGUGUGGCCUUCCAACAAGCUCACUCCUGAUUGGUUAGACUAAGCCCGACUUGGACACUGCUUCCUGACCGCCAAAACGGCAGCAUCCUUAUUCCAAAGAAAUGGAGACUGACUUAUUUCAUUGGAGCUGGAAGUAAAUCCUUUUCUACGAGUGACGUCACACUCACUCAGUCCAGUUCUCUUUCACAGCUGGGAUUUAACAGCAGCUUUCUGCUGACUUGACUGAAUGAAGCUGAACUUUAAGACAAACAUAAAACAGAAAUGAAUCACAAAGCAAACAAGUUCUGCUCUGCGAUUUUAUGAAAAUAAUUUUGGCUUCCCAGAGUUUCAACAACAAUCAAUCCUACAACUCUUUAAGCAAAUUUAAAAAAUAGUUUAAGCAUGAAACAUUUAAACUGAUUCAUCUUUAUCUCCCCUUAAAGCACCAUUUAAGUGUAGAAAAUCAUUGUGAUUUUGCGACCAGUACUUUAAUGUAUGUACUUUUUCCCGAUGAGAUGAUGUCAGGGCGAAACAAAAGCAUCUCAAGUCCAAACUUAGUGUGUAAAUGUUGCCUGCUCUGUUUCAGUGUAAAAGUCAAAGACUUGUGCUGACGCUCACGACUGAGCACAAUAGAAGCUGUGUUAUUACCUCAGCAUGAAGAUGUGAAAAACACAUUGUGUUGCUGUGACAUGAAUGUAGAUGUUUGUGUUGUUUUUGUGUGUAUUCCCCCAGGUGUCGUAAGGGCACAGAAGUGAAGCUUUAUAUGAUCUUGUACAGAAAAGUGAACGUGUGUUUAUGUAUUAAAUGGUUUCUUUUGAAAUCCUUCA